UUCGAUUUAACUCGAGUAUCAUAGCGCAUUCUCCAAUAUACGUGACACGUUCAGAUGGUUGAAGGUUCAAGCUUCUCAUAUUCGCUGACGACGGGGUGACGCGCCAUGACGAUCAUCCUGUUUCUCGUCGACACGAGCGCGUCGAUGAACCAGCGCACGUACCUCGGCACGACGCUGCUCGACGUUGCCAAGGGCGCCGUCGAGACGUUCAUGCGCGUGCGCCAGCGCGACCCGAACAGCCGCGGCGACCGCUACAUGCUGCUCACGUUCGAGGACGCGCCGCACCACGUCAAGUCGGGCUGGCGCGAGAGCCACACGACGUUCACGGCCGAGCUGCGCAACCUGCGCGCGCGCGGCCUGACGCGCACGGGCGAAGCGCUCCGCCGCGCCUUCGACCUGCUCAACGUCAACCGCAUGACGAGCAUGGUGGACACGUACGGCCAGGGCCGCUGCCCGUACUACCUCGAGCCGUGCGUGCUCGUCGCGAUCACGGACGCGCAGCGCAUGACGUCGCCGGCGGGCGUCGUCGAUGAGCUGACGAUACCGGCGCAGUCGCCGCUGCCCGGCAGCGAGCUCACGAAGGAGCCGUUCCGCUGGGACCAGCGGCUGUUCGCGAUCUGCCUGCGGCUGCCCGGGCAUGCGCCGCAGGAAGCCGCCACGUCCGGCAUGCUGCCCGCCGACACGUCGCCGAUCGACGCCAUGUGCGACGUAACGGGCGGCCGCUCGUACUGCGUCGCCUCGCAGCGGCAGCUCAACCAGUGCAUCGAGUCGCUCGUGCAGAAAGUGCAGCCGGGCGUCGUCAUACACUUCCUGAAGAUCGGGCCCGAGCCGCCGCCGGUCGACGUGAGCAAUGGCGGCGCGGCAAAGCCCGCCGACGCGGCGGUGGCCGCUCGCUCCGGCAGCAACUCGCCCGUCGUCGACGGCAACGGCGCGCGCGCGUCGCCGGGCGACGGCGGCGAGAUCACGAACUUCGAGAACUGCGUCGACAAGGAGAACACGGACGUGAACGCCGCGGCGGCGACGGCGGUGGCCGCACCGAAGCUCGAGAACAACAUCGACGAGCAGCGCCACCUAGCGCUGCCCGUCCCGUCCGCCGAGAAGGCGACGUCGCGUCCGUCAACUCCGGUGCCGCAGCCGCUAGGCGGCGCGGCGGCGUGGCACAGCGUCAAGCGUCUUAUCUACGUGCAGAAGUCGGCGCAGAAGGGCUACUCGGUCGGCCACUGGCCGAUCCCGGAGGCGUUCUGGCCCGACCUGAACAGCCCGGCGCUGGCGCCUCGGCUCGCGCACCCGGUCGUGCGCUUCGCGUGCGCGCCGUGCGAGCCGAUGGUCGUCGACCACCUGCCGUUCGACAAGUACGAGCUGGAGCCGUCGCCGCUGACGCAGUUCAUCCUCGAGCGCAAGCAGCCGCACGUCGCCUGGCAGGUGUUCGUGCAGAACAGCGCCAAGCACAGCGACGCCAGCCACCCGUUCGGCUACCUGAAGGCGAGCUCGGCGCUCGCGUGCGUCAACCUCUUCGUGAUGCCGUACAACUACCCCGUGCUGCUGCCGCUGCUCGACGAGCUCUUCCGCGUGCACAAGGCGCGCCCGCCGCCCAAGUGGCGCCUCGCCUUCGACAACUACCUGAAGACGAUGCCGGUGUACUACGCGGGCCCGCUGCGGCGCGCGCUGCACCGCAUGCCGAUCCCGCAGAGCCUCGUGCCGGACAACCUCGAGAACUGCCUCAGCUACAGCGUGCUCUACUACCUGAAGAAGGUCAAGUCGCAGGCGAAGCUGGAGUUCGACCGGCUCGUCGCGUCGGUCGGGCAGCGGCCGCCGCCGCCCGACGGCGUCCGCGUCACCGCCCGCCUCCAGGGGUCGCUGCCUCUGCGGCGGCGGGAACUGCACGACGCGCUGCAGCUCGCGGACGAGCGCGACGACGCGGGCGGGGGCGCCACCGUCGUGCUGCGGCCGGCGGACGGCGGCGCUGCGGCGGCGGCCGCGCAUUGCUACCGCAACCCGUUCGACAUUGCGCGCGCCGACCUGCCCGACCAGAUCGCGCGCAUGCGCGGCAACCUCCUGCAGGGGGCGCUCACGCGGCCGCGCCUCGACGAUGACGACCAGCGGCACUCGAUACCCGUCGGCGCGAUGGGCAACUACCAGGACUACCUCAAGCACAUGCCCGCGCCGCUGCGCGAGGUCGAGGCGGUGCCCGUGCGCACGCACAUGUUCGGCAACCCGUUCAAAGUCAACAAGGCGAUGAUGGUUGACGAGGCCGACCUCGACCUGCCUGGCAUGCCGAAGGACCGAAAACCGCGCGCCGAGUCGCCGGCCGUCUUUCCCGGCGGCCCCUGGCGCCGUAAGCCCGGCCCGCUGUCGCCGGACGUGCCCUACCGCCGCUGCCCAUCGCCGAUGCCCGCGCGCGUCGCCGCCGACGACAGCGACUUCGACAUGGCCAGCACGACGACGGAAGAGGAGGGCGAGGACGAGGUCGCGCCGGAGGCGAGCGCGGUCGCCGUGGCGACGGAGGCGGCGGCCGAGGAGGAGCUCGUGAUGGACUUCGCCGGCGGAGGAAGCGCGAACGACGUCGGUCGCAACGAGGUGUUCGACGACGACGACGACGACGACACGGAAGAGGACGACGGCGCCCUCUACGCGGACGGCACGACGAACGGCGAAGACGCGGCGGUCGACGGAGCGACGACGACGACGACGCCGACGACGAAGAACAACGUGCGAGCCGGGGCGGCGGCGGCGGCGGCCGAGAACCGGCGGCUGCGGCGCGUCGUGUUCCGCGAGCUGCGGCGGCCCGGCCGCAACCACGACCAGCUGUUCGACGAGCUGAACAAGAUGCGCGGCGACCUGCACACGCGGCUCGCGUUCGUGCGCGCCGUCAUCGACGAGGCGAUGCGCUACAAGCGGCGGCGCGUGCGCGAGCUGCUCGAGGAGUACGCGCAGUCGAUGAUCCAGUACGAGCGGAAGCUGCAGCGCGCAUCGUCACGCGCCCGCUCCUCUUCGGGCUCGUCCAGAUGAAGGCGGCGUCGCCGCGGCGACGACGUCAUCGAAGACUGCCGCGGUCCAUUUUCUAUGUCGGCGCAGCUGAACUGUCUGUACAUAUUCUCGGAUGACUCGACACUUGUGAUUUGUAAUGCCGGACUCCCCCUGAGGUGUUUCGUUAAUUUGUUAUUACCGAGGCGAGCGAGCGAGCAAGAGAGAGAGAGAGAGAGAGAGAGAAAGCUAAGAGCGUUUCCUUGUGUUUUUGUUGAAUCGCACUCCUCCAGACCCCGUGUGUGUGUUCCGGUGACGUUACGUGUAUGUAGUCGUGGAAGAAAUACAUUUUGCACAACGUUAAAUAGUAAAGAUGAAGAGAAAAAAAAACACAUAAACAUGCCUGCAUUUUUAUCACAUGUGACUGAUUGACUGACAGACUGCCCACGACCUAAAACCACCGUCUGUGAUGAGAUUUUUCAGGGACCUCUUCUGGCGGGCAAAUUUGGCGCUCGCUUGAUCGUCCACGAUAGGCGGCGCCCCCUUCCUGGGCUGCAUGACGAUGGCGCAUCGCUGGGGGUGGGUGGGAGCGCAAAGAUAUAACAAUCCGGUGCGUCCGAUUGCCGGGCUGGGAGGUGGGUUCCUUUCCUCCUCCCCCGCUAAUGCUGUCGAUGUGCUCUCGGGCGAACCUCGAAGAACCUGCGGCGAAGGCCCGGAACGCGCCGGCUCGAACAACGAGAACACAGAGACCUUCACCCGCAUCGCUAGCGUUGGCAGCGCCCCCACAUGCGAAAAGACUCGGUCUGCGUCGUCCGUCGCACGACACGUUUAGUGAAUAUAACAGUAGCAGAAGAGUACACGACAUGCAAACACACCGGUUCACCCACACCCAUUCUUGUAUCACGUAUGUUAGAGGCGUGCCUUCCCGGGGCAAGCCAUAUUCCACGUCCGUAUCGAUUUUGUGGUAUUCGUAUAUAAAGCAGAAAUACAAUAAAAUUGACAAGCA